AUUGGUAAUUUGGAUUUCAUUAGGACAAAACUCCAUCUUAACACCUAUACGAAUCCAUUUCCGUUGGAAACGAGACAAUGGAUAUUUUGUUUGUGUAAAGAAACUUUUGUUUUAUCUACAACCAGCUAACUCAUUUAAAUACAAAAUAGAUCUGCUACGAUGAUAGAAACCAACCAGCUAUAAUAAUCAUACUAAGCGUCUUCAUACAUCAGUGACUGUUCUUCACACUAAAUAAAAUAGACACAAAUAUACAACAGCCCUUAAGAAAAAUAUAGUAUUAUUUGGAUAUUCUAAUGACUGGCCUUCGGAAACAGUGUCGUUCAAAUCUAGUUGGUGUAACCUUCGAAAGGCCUUAGAUCCAGUUUUAGUCAAAUGAUUGUAUAAAUAUCAUACUUGUUCGUUAUUGACCUCUGUUGGUUGUUUCUAUUAACGAAUAGGUUUUUAUUCUGUACUCACCAACACUACCACGGCUCUUCCAUUAAAACAUAUUUUUAGUUUAGCCCCAAGCCCACCGACACCUAGUUUUUAGAUUAAAGAAACAAUUAUUAUGUUAAACGGUAAAAAUACCAGCACUAAUAGUUCUGUUUUGGCUAAGUAACUCCAUAAAAACUUCACCAUGAUAUUCCUAUUGGCUUCACCUUUUCAUUUGAAUAUGUUCUAAUAAUGGCCAGUGUAGCUCUAAAAGCCACGAGAUCUUGAUUUGUCGUGGAUUUGAUGCCACCUAAGGACUUUGAUUAGGCCGUAACUACUGUUUGUGUUUCUCAAGAUACUAAUGAUUAUGUUUUGUUCCAUCAGCUUCAAAAAUAGGUCUGAUUUGUGUUCCGUCAGGAGAACAGGGCUAAGUAUGGUCUAUUCCUCUAAAAAAAGCAAUAAUGUGUUUGUCAAGGCAUCAGCUAGGUAUACAGUUCAUUCGGAAUAGAUUUUACUAGUUUAAGACACUUAUGUAAUCAAACAUCCGUUUCUGCCGGUAUGGAAUAUCCCGUAUGCAGGACUCCUCUGCAAUAACUGUGUAUUCUGGACCCAUGUCGAUCUUCAGGGAGAAUUUCCUGGAUCGGAUUUACCUAAUGGAGACGCAUUUAUGUAGCUUAAUAGGUCAGCCAUCGUACUGCUUCCUAUACUUAUGAUACUGGAAGGCACCCUUCCUGAGUACUUGAAUUUUUAAAGCAAUUAGUCCCUUUGAUACAUUUUGAUAAUGUAAUAAGAAGACGAAGGUUAUCAGAACUAUGUGAUAUAUUUGCGCAAUACAUACAGAUCAGAUUGUUUGAAAUGUAUUGCGCUAAUAUAUCACAGUUCUGAUAAUCUUCGUCUCAUUACAUUAUCAAAAAACUUGAAUUUUUGUCUACUCUUUGCUUAUCUUGCGAUAAGUCAGUUCUCAUAAAUCCCUGGUUGUGCAUUACUUUUAAUUUACCAGUUGUUUAAAGUUACAUCUUAUAAGUAUCCCCUGCUUAUUUACGAUUUUCUCCAAUGUUUUUCAAUAUAUAGAAGAUAAAUGAUCUUUCUCAAGUGAGUCAUAGAAUAAGUAGUACAUACUCAUUAAAAAAAUUUAACUUAACAAACAUCUUCAGCUGGCAAGUGCACAUUAAAGAACAAUUGUUUCAGGCAUUUCAAUUCUAGUUUAUCUACCCCUGCUUUCGAGCAUGGUUAUACGUGAUUUUGCAGAAUAUCAACCAUCGCCUCUAUUGGGUUGUUGAAGGAAAUUAAUAUCCUCAUAUAAUAGUCACAUACAAAUCAAAAUGACCAUCAUGAUUGGUAAUUUGCAUCUGAAAAAUGUACUCAGAAAACACGUUACUUUAAUAAAGGCUGCAUUCAAAUAAUGUAAAUCAAAUCACGGUUAACAACAGAUUUUGUCAGUUACCCAAUUUCCUCAUUUUUCAGUUGUUAUAGGUGCAGCCAUAAAGUUAAAAUUUUCGCAUAGCUUCUCAAAAAUCAAUCUUCAUACUUUUUCUAAAACUCCGGAUACUUACCAACUCGUAGGUAUUGACAAAAGUUAUCUUAACCCUAAUAAUUUAGAACUAAUCUGUGGUCUAAAUAAGGUGCUGAUUGAGCGCGUUUGUUAGUUACCUUGCGCUAUGAGCUACCUAUAUUGUACCUGGGGCAUCGAACCUUACUUGCACAACAGUUUGACAACUGGCUUACGAGUUUAAAAUAUCUUAGUGUACUUUAAGAAUUUCUUAUAUUAGUCGAUUGAGAGUGUAACUCUGAUACCAGAUACACGAACCAAAGAUUACUGUGUGUUAUAUCGCUUAAAUAAAAUUGCGAUUAAUAGUUAAUAUUUUAAUGGUAGAUCAAAGUGCUCAAGUUGUUGGUAAUGUAUAAAUCAGGAACAGGUCAUAACCAACAUCAAAGUUAUGCUCUCUGGGGUCUAAAGCGGUUUUUAUUUUAUAGAACCAGUCAAUCGUAGGUGUAACUGGUAAAUAACAAUCCAAACAGCUGAACCUGUUUCGUUGCCAAUAUACAUGUACAAAAAAUCGUGAUAAACCAAAAUUAACUUGUAAUUAUCAAGAUCACGGGUGUGAAGUGUUUACUAGUCAAGGAUAUAACUAGUAUUUAUUUCUAAUAAUAAUUAAAAUAUACUUCGACAAAUGUGUAUAUAACAAUGUAAAAACUCUCACUAUGAUGCAUUCAGUUUAAGCGAAAGGGGUUAAGACCAAACAAAAAGUUGAAACUAAUAUAUUUGAUUGUGUUGUUUUUCUGUAAGUGUUUGUGCAAGAGAAAUGCAGCAAGCUUUGCUUUCCGGUCCAGGAUAGGUCUUGUUAACUUUGUACAUUAGGAUAUUUUCGCUAUUCUCAUAAAUUUACGUAAAUAUUUUCCUCUUACUGAUUCAUGUUAAAGCUUUGUUAAUUUUCGUUCAUUUUUAGCCAAUAUAAUGAACAAGUCGAAAGCAAACAGAACCAAAAGUAGAGGUCUUACAGAUAAUGUAAUAAAAAAUCCAUCUAACUUUGGACAGACAGAUAAAGAGCUAUAUGCAGUACUUAUUGCAGACCUUCUAUACGAUCGUUUCGAUCCUCUAAGUGACUACAUUCCCCCUUGUUUACUUCCAUUAAGUAAUGUUCCUCUGCUGCAUAUGACGUUAUCUACUCUUGCUUCUGAUGGUUUCAGGAACAUCCUAAUCUAUACUAUUAAAAGCUACAAAAGCGUUCAAGCAUAUAUAAAUCAAACUAUUUUAGGUAAUUGUUUUCCUGGAUUGAAACUUUUUGUACGAAAUGUGGAAAAUUGUCAUAAUCUGGGUGAUAUUAUGCGUGAUCUUGAGUCAAGUGAAUUUCUUUGUGGAGUCUCAGAUUUUCUUCUUGCUCCCGCUGAUCUGAUUUGCGGCAUCUCUUUGGCGAAAUUCGUCCAUAAACAUAAGGAACAACGUGAAAAAACACCUAAUGCUCUACUCACUCUUCUACUACCCUCUAUAACCGAAGCGAUAAGUCCAGUUCAAGCUUCUGAGCUCAAAGUUAACGUCAUGUUUUCGCGAACAAACAAUAAUCGUUUGAUCAAUCUUUUUCACGAAUCUAAUCGUGACCUUUCUCCAGUUUUGCUUAGCGACUUGAUGAAACCUGGUGAGGUUAUCGAGUCUUCUCAGCUGAUGGAUAUUCAACUGAGUAUUUGUAGUAACCAUAUACCACCACUGUUUCAAGAUAAUUUUGACUAUGAAACUAUGGACGAUCUUGUAAAUGGAGUGUUAACGAAUGAAGAAAUUAUGGAAUAUACCAUACAUGUUGAACCGUUACCAAAAGGACCUAUUGUGCUUCAGGCUGCUCCUGAUCUUAGUAGUUUGAUAGAUUUAAACUUUAAACUUCUGUCUCGACAAGGUGGAUUUCAUUUGUCUCUGCCACCUUUGUAUGCUAAUCUAUCAGGUUCCGAAAUAGUAGCAGUUGGUCCACAAGUUUUUGUGGCUAAGUCGGCGAAAGUUCACCAUAAAGCCAGAAUAAUUGGAGCGUGCUUUAUUGGAUCUGGAUGUGAAGUGUCGGCGUUUGCUUGCUUAAUUGACUGUUCUCUUGGGGAGAAUUGUUUUGUGGGUGAAAAUGCAUGUUUACGGCGUGUUAUCGCUUUGGAGGACGUUCAUAUUUCUAGUCAUGUAAAAGCAGACGUAGCUUGGUUGUGUUCUGGUGUUCGUAUACUUUCUGGAUUUAAACUUCCUAACCGCUGUUUCAUAGGCCCGUCAUCAACAGCAGCUGUAACAUUGGGCCCAGGAUGUGGUAACUUACCAAGUAACAGCGUUUUGGUUGCCCCUCGUACAGGUGAUUUAGUUAUAGACCCUUCAGUUGGUGGUGAACAAGCCUGGGCUGCCUAUUAUAAAAAAAGACAACCUUCAGGGACAAGCGAUUCUGUGGAUAAUCUUUCCGAGGAGGAUACACAAUCCGACCAAGUAUAUUUAAAAGAUAAUGAAUUUACCGAUUGUCAUUUAUGGGAAACAGCUUGGGACAGAAUUAAAUAUGCAGCUAAAACACUUCGGCAGAGAAUGAAUCAAAAGUCUAGUCAUAGCCGAACUAGUGAUAUUCGUUGUAGUAAAUCCAGCAAACCUCGCCGUAUGGCAAGCGAGAUUGAUGACAGUGAUGGUGAUUUGGAACAUCAACUAAAAGAUACAUCAAAAACUGAAAGUGAUGGCGAUGAUGAACAGUCAGAAAGCUUCAUAAUUACUGAAUUAAAACGAACUUUGGAACGAGGUGAACGACAUAAGUAUCCAGCUGAAACACUUAUACUUGAAGUUAAUUCCUUAAAACAUGCUUAUAAUGUACCUAUUGAGGAUUUUGGAUUCUUAUUGACAAAAGCCUUACUGGAGCUAACUCGUGAUCAUUUGUCUUCGAAAUCACAAAAUGAAUGCAGUAAAGCUGAUGUAACAGAAUUCAUCGCCAAUCUUCGUAAACUCCUAUUAAACUUCAAUACUGUUCUGUCAUCAUGUAUGUCAGGAUUUCAAAAUACUGGUCGAGUUUAUCUUCAAGCUGUUGAAGAUGCAGCAUGCUAUGAUUCAUUAAUAUUUGCUUCUUCUAUGUCUAUUAUUCACACUAUGUAUGACAAUGAUUUAGUUUUAGAAGAUGAUAUAUGGUGGUGGAAAGAUAAUUCUCCACUUUUACUUGAUGAUGAUAUUUCCGAGAAAACUCGAUCAUUAAGAGAAAAAAUCAAACCUUUCUUUGAUUGGCUUGAACAGGCGGAAGAAGAAGAUGACGAUGAUGAGUGAUGACAUGUUUAUAACUUUGUACAAUACUUUUUCUUUACUUAAUGUGUUAUUCGAGGUGUACAUAUGAUAAAAGCAAGUGUUAAAAAAUGUAGUUCAAUCUGUUGCUAUUCCGUGUACAUAUUGUCCUCUUUAUUGACUUUAAUUUCAAUACCCUCUAGCGAAACAUCUGCUGUGACAGGAGUUUGCUUUAUAAACAUUUUCUUUGGUAGGUGAGAUGAACGAAUCUUUUAGUGUUCAGUAGGUUGGUAAUUAAUAACUUGAAAAAGGUUUUACAAAUGGUUCCAUUCACAAAUUCAUUUCCAUCCAGAAUAAUGAUUAGUGUUACUGUAGAGCUUAGAGCAUUGCUAGUUUUUAAGUGUUGUAUUUACGAGUUUCAAGUUUUCUGUGUUUGUGUUUAAUACGAGUAAUAGUGAUUUUAUUAUUGUCACACUAUAUUCACGACUAGUGGGUGACUAAUCACACAAUUAUAUCAGUUAUACGAUUGACGUAUAUAUCAUGAUAAAGUUCGUACUA